AUGCCCUUCGACGCGACAGACAGAUCUCAUGAGUGCGAAUAUGUAGAUGAGGAUAUAGAUUUCACACCCGGUGAUCUCGCUGAUGAUGAUAGAGAUGUUGAAAUGGACGAUGAUGCCGAUUUCCAGUCUCACUAUUCAGAAAAAUACUCCUCCUCUACUUCUACAUCUAGUCGAGAGGACGAACCCUCGAAGGCGGAUGAUGAGGGUGUAAUGCAACGCUCUCCAUUCCCAUUCCAUUCUUCUCUCCAUGGUCCUAAUGCAUUUGCCCCCCCAUUCUACAACCGUCCACCAACGCCGCUACCGCCAUCUCCUUCAUUAACAUCUCUCCUUCGACCGUCCUUUUCUGCAACUACAUCGCGCCCCACCACACCAGACAGCUCUGAUAUUGAAACCCUGAAUGACACAGAGGAAGCAGUCGCACGCUCUGCACGUACUGCAAUUACUGUACCACCUGCAAGCCCUAAAGUUCCUACAUAUGAGUACUAUGGAUUUGUGCUUUAUCUCGCUUCCUCACUCACCUUCCUGAUAUACCUUUUGUGGUCAUACCUUCCCUCGCCGUUUCUUCAUCAGCUGAGGAUUUAUUACUAUCCAAAUCGCUGGUGGUCUCUUGCGAUCCCAUCUUUCCUUGUAAUCACCAUUAUUUACAUUUACAUUGCAUUAUCCGCUUAUAAUACUGGAUAUCUUACGCUGCCGAUGAGUAGUAUCGAAAAUAUUGUGGAUGAAGUAGCAAAUAUUGCAGUCAUUGAUAGCAAGGGCAGGAGACGGCCUGGUGGAUCUGAGAAGAUGAAUCCAAAUGCUGCAACGGCACAAACAAUGAGCCCUCACAAAAGAAGGCUAGAGUGGAAAUACAUCUGGAAUGAAGGAACAGAUGCUGUGAUGGACAUACCCAUUGGCGGUGUAUGCGAGGUGCUUUAUGGCUCGAAUGAAACCGACUAG